UAUUGUGCAAUGCUUAAACCGUCUCCUUGGCCGUUUGGACGUUCAUCGGCUGCUAUUAGUUUCAUUCGACUGGUGAGCCAAACAGCUCCUAAGACCUUUGUCCGUUGGCAGCUAAUGCUAUUCACUUGCUAGGAGACAAAGGGGUAUCACUGAGACUUUCUCUCCCAUUCUGAAUUCUGUUUUGCUAUCUUCCAAAAUUUUCAAUUUGGCUAGAACACGAGAGAAGAACCGCGUUAACACAUUAGUCGAGAAAAAAACUGCCCUGCUCAUUCAAUCAAUGCAUGGAAAAAGAGAAUUCCAAGAAGAGACCGCUGGACCUGGACUGGAACGUGAUGUUGGACUCAAACGCCGACGAACCACCGCCGAUACUCAUCGUUAAAGGUUCUACACAGCUGCCAAAACCCUCCCCUAUGAGCAUCGAUUACUCGUCUAGGGAGGAUUAUGCUUCCAUGACCGAUCGCGAGCUCGAGGACGGGAUUAAGAGGCACAAGGUCCAUAACACAACCCUUGGCCCAAAUUUGCCUGAUAAAGGAGAGAAGCUUCGGACGCAGCUUAAAGCCUUAGAGGAUGAGUACCAACGGAGAAAGCUUCCACGGCAUGAAAUGGAUGUUGAUGUGCGUGAGAAGCCUGCUCAGUUAACAAGUUCAGACGGCUUUAAACGAAAGAAUGUAUCAUCUGAAGUCCAUUCACAAUCUGAAGUUGCCUCUAUUAUUUGUAGAAAGAUGGAAGAAAAUACAGAUCGCAGGGUAGUAAAAUCAUUUGAUGAAGAAUCGACAACUUUGAGUCGAUGCGACAACCUGAAAAUGAGAACUAAUGGAGCCUCAUCAAAAAGAUGGAGAAAAAAAGGUCAUUCAUCAUCAAAAAAAUUGCCUUUUCAAUGCAAUAUCAACCUUUCACAUAAUGAAGAUAAACAUGUUACAUACAACAGUGAUCGAAUGGGCGGAGCUUCUUCCACUUCUCUCUUCUGCAACAAUGAGGAAAGCUUUUCCAAGAAGAAGGAUACUUGUCAAAUCGUAUCUUCAAAUGGCUCAAGGACUAGGAAGUUGUUGAUUAGAUCCAUGAUGGCGUUAUUCAAGCAGGGGCAGACAGUUGUUCUUGUAGAUGAGGAUGAAACUCAGCUUGCAGAGACAAUAGAGUCCGAAAACAAGCUUGCUGAAUGCAUGAAGGAUGCUACGAUCUACUAUCCAUCAAGGGAUGAUCCAGAAUCUGUAGAAAUUUGUUACUCAGAUAUAAACUGCCUGGCCCCUGAAGGUUUUUUGACAUCACCGAUCAUGAACUUCUACAUCAGGUAUUUGCGGCUGCAAAUAUCCCCAUCAAACAAGGCUACAUGUGAUUAUCACUUUUUCAAUACAUUUUUCUACAAGAAGCUCAAACAGGCUGUAUCUUAUAAGGGGAGUGAUAAAGAAUCCUUUUUUCUCAAGUUCAGAAGGUGGUGGAAGGGUGUCAAUAUAUUUCAGAAAGCAUAUGUCUUUAUUCCCAUACAUGAAGAUCUUCAUUGGAGCUUGGUGAUUAUAUGUGUCCCAGACAAGGCAGAUGAAUUAGGACCUAUUAUACUUCAUUUGGAUUCUUUGGGACUUCACUCUAGCAAAUCAGUUUUUGGAGACAUUAGAAGCUAUUUGAGGGAAGAAUGGAGCUACAUGAAUCAAGAAGUUGCUCCCGCAGAUCUUCCCAUCGCAGACAAAAUAUGGAAACAUCUCCCUCGUAGAAUUGAUGAGAAAAAAAUUGAGGUACCGCAACAGAAAAAUGAGUAUGAUUGUGGUCUCUUUGUACUGUUCUUCAUGGAGCGGUUCAUUGAAGAAGCUCCUGCGAGACUGAAAAAGAAAGAUUUAGCAAUGUUUGGCAAGCGGUGGUUCAGACCUGAACAAGCCUCUGGUUUGAGAGCAAAAAUCCAGAAAUUACUAUCAAAUGAAUUUCACAAGGCAAAUGAGGAUCGCCAAUGUUUGGAAUUUUCUCCUUCACUUCCAGGUGAUGCUUCAUCUUGAAUGUGACCCAAUUGCAACUUCACUACUUCUCUGAUGCGCUGAGUGUACAUUCAUGUAUUAUAAAAUUACUCUGAAAGAAUAGUGAAAUGACAAUUGUAUAGCCUCGGGAAUUGGUUCAGAUGCCAUUGACGUCACAGAGAAAAAGCAGGUACACAUUUGCCCGAACAUCAAAAGAUGUAGAUCAUUUCCCAACUGACCAGUUUUGGCAAGUCAGAAGUCCAUUUUAUUUGCUUGUCCGAAACCCAAAUGUACAGUAGGCAAUUGGAGCAGAGCUGAUCACUAAUGAUGGUGGUCAUUAAGACAUUAUCCACCAAUUAGGUUGCAUUUUUUUUAAUUUUUUAUUUUUUUAGGGAUGAAAAUGUACAAGCAUCAAAGGACAGUUGAUAAACUGAACUCCGUGGAAGCGCUCGCUUACUUGUGAUUUGAUGUGCAAGGCUUACAUAAUUUUUAGCAGAAUACAGCGAGCUUAUCUUAUUCUUGCUAAA